UCUGGCAGGAAUCUAGCUGUAGAGCUGUAGAAGAGACAGCUGUGUUUGGUGGAGGUAUUUUUAAACGCAUCACUGCUGCUCCAAUCCCCUCGCCUCGGCCCUCCUAUUUAUAGCUGGGGCCGGCCAUUGUUCUAUUUCUGUCACCUGUGGGCCACGCUGUUGUUAAUUCACAUGCAAAUGAAGCUUGCACCCUCUCCGGCUCAAGCAUUACUUUCCUGUGAGAGGUUGACGGAUAAACAGUGCACGGCUUAGCUCAUCUCUGACUAGUACACCCCCCACUGGAAGCUUGAAACACAGGCAGGCUCACUCUCACCGCUCAGACAUUACUGAGAGAGGAACAGAGAGGAGAAGACAGACAGACGAGAGAGAGAUCAGAGGGAAUAAGAGCAGGGUAGUAGCUCGGUGUCACAACAAGAGAAGAGAAUCAGACUGCCAGUCAUCUUCUAACUCUGUCUGAACAGGGACUUCUUGACUGAAGCUCUGUGUUCUAUUGUGCUGUGUAGUCACAGUAUAGUGGGGAAAGCCUCACAGAGGGAGUGUGUGGUGUGGUUAUUGUAUUGCGUUUCAGCACAGCAAGAGAGAGAGAGUUUCCUCAGAGGAAAAGGAGGAGAGCUGUUUCUGUGUCUAGUCUCCGUACGCCGUCGUGGUCGUUCCCCUGAGUGCACUGCUGUGAGAGGGUUGGCUCUUUAGGGACAGGAAGAGCAGGACUUGCGAUGCGACCUGAGCGCUGAGUGGAGUAUGCUGCAGACGAUUUACGAGAGCGAGUCAAAUUUCUCCACCACAACAAACAAGCUCGUUGUCCAACAGCGACUCUUGGACCAGCAGAAGAUGCACAACGUUAACUCAGUGGACAUUAAGCCAGAGGUACUUUUGGAUCCCGUGUCUCCGUUGGACCUGCGUACAGACCUGAGGAUGCUGGGGCCUGGCUCGGACCCGGGAAUGUGGGAGCGUCAGUUGCAGCAGGAGCUGCUCCUCAUCCAGAAACAGCAGCAGGUCCAGAAACAGCUGCUGAUCAGCGAGUUCCAGAAGCAGCAUGAGAAUCUGACCCGCCAGCACCAGGCCCAGCUCCAGGAGCACCUCAAGCUGCAACAGGAGCUGCAGGCCAUGAAGCAGCAGCAGGAGCUGGUGGAGAAGGAGAGGAGGCAGCAGCUGCAGCAGCAGCAGAGCCAGCAGGAGAAGGAGCAGGAGAGACAUCGCAGGGAGCAGCAUGUCCUCUGUCUCAGCCUCAGGGGCAAGGAGCGCACCAGAGAGAGUCUCACAGGUGCUGUGGCCAGUAAUGAGGUGAAGCAGAAACUCCAAGAGUUUCUGUUGAGUAAAUCAAACAAGGACCUGUCUACUGCCGGAGCCACACACAUGGUCAUCCACCACCCCAAGCUCUGGUACACGUCCUCCCACCACACGUCUCUGGACCAGAGUUCUUCUCCCCUGGGAGGCAUGUCUCCUGUCUGCCACUACACACUCCCCUCCCUUCAGGACGGACAGGACGACUUCCCACUGAGGAAAACAGCCUCAGAGCCCAACCUGAAGGUGAAGUCUAGACUGAAGCAGAAGGUAGCAGAGAGGAGGAGUAGUCCACUGCUGAAGAGGAAAGACAGCAACGUCAUGACCCCCUACAAGAAGAGGGCCCUAGAAAUGAUGGACUCUACAGCCACUAACAGUGCCCCAGGCUCAGGACCCAGCUCUCCCAUCGGAGCCUCCAGCGCCCUGGGGGCCGAGAACGGGCCCUCCUCUCUCCCCACCACCACAAAAACCGAGCGCUGGCCAUCACAGCCUAGGUUAUUUCGUCCAGAGGGCUCCAUGUCCAACCUUCUGAGCUUAUACACGUCUCCCUCCUUACCCAACAUCACCCUGGGCCUCUCCGCCACCUCCUCCCAGAUCAACGCUGCCAUCGGGCUGAAGGAGAAGACUGGGGAGGUCAGGCAUGGUCUACCAGGGCAGCUUCUGGGGCCUGUGCCCAUGCCCACGGUGACCUCCAUGGAGACCAAGGUGUCCCCCAGCCAUCAGGCCCUGCUCCAACACCUCCUUCAGAAGGAGCAGAUAAGACGGCAGAAGAUCCUCUCCUCCUCUGGUCAAGGCUCCAUGCCCACCCACCCCCACUCCCCUCUGGCCAUGAAGGACAGGCCCUCCUCCAACAGCAGACCCAAGCUACCCAAGCACCGGCCCCUGAACCGGACCCAGUCAGCCCCUCUGCCCCAGAGCACCCUGGCUCAGCUGGUCAUCCAGCAGCAACACCAGCACUUCCUGGAGAAGCAGAAACAAUACCAGCAGCAGAUCCACAUCAAUAAGCUGCUGUCCAAGUCCAUCGAGCAACUCCGUCAGCCCAGCUCCCUGGUCAACCCACACCUGCAGGAGUCAGAGGAGGAGGAGGAGGACAACACCCGGAGGAUGGCGGAUGAGAGGAUGGACAUGCAGGAGGACAGGAUGCCCCCUGGUGGCGUGAUCCAGAAACACACCCUUCGCUCCAGCAGCAGCAGUGGCAGCAACAGCUCUCUCGGGGAACUGUCCUCCAUCGUAGAGGCCCACCACCGCCUGGGGGUCAUAAAGGUCAAAGAGGAGCCAAUCGACAGCGAGGACGAGUCCCUGUCCAGUCAGAGCCUAGAGGCGGAGCAGAGGGCCUCACUCCACCAGGUCAAAGGUCAGCUGGUGAUAAGAGCUAUGAUCUGAGAGGGGGCAGAAGAUGAAGGAGAUCACACACUGCGACAUUCAGAGACGCAUACGUACACACACACACACACACACACACACACACACACACACACACACACACUGCAGCCAACACACACACACAGAGCCGACUAGGACUCCCCAGGCAGUCCUCUCCCUGCCCUGAGAUGUGACGCUGUCUCAGUGAAGUGCAGCCGCACCCCAAACCCCCACCAGACUGACUCUCUGUUUGUGAACUUUGUGAAGUGAUCUGUAAUGUAAAGUAUGUUUCAUCGUGCUGUAUAUAACAUGAAGAGAAGAUUUACUAGAAGAGUGCUCCUUCUUUUUUUACUUCUAAGGAACUGCUUUGAUUGUUUUCAGGUUCUGCUCAAUUGACAGAAUGUAGUAUGUAUGUAUACAGUAGAUUUAGCGUAAGAGAAUAUUCUAGAAGGGAUGGAAAGUUUAACCGUUGUACAAUUUAUGAAUGCCAUUUUAUGUUCCCAUAGUGUAACAUUUAUGCCAUCAAUUCACUUCAACUUUGACUUGCUGACUUGUUUUAUUCAAAUGUCAUAUUCUCCGUCGUUCUCCAAAAAGCUGUGAUGUUCUGUGUUCAGUGGUCUCUGAAAAUGACAUGAAAAUAAGGAAGCAUGCUCAUGUCUGUAUGAGAGAGAAUGUAUUGUUCAACCUUAACACAACACAGCCCACCCUUACGACUGAGUACAGCCAGCCUACACUGGGAAUGAGACUGUUUAUUGAUGUACAGUACUGCAGAGUGGAGGAGCAAACGCUAAAUCAGUGGAUGGAUGGAUGGAUGGAUGGAUGGAUGGAUGAUAGAUAGAUAGAUGAUGGAUGGAUGAUAGAUGAUGGAUGGA